CCUCACCAUGGUCCAGUGAAAUUCUCGCCCAAGAUGAUAUCACCUCUCGGGGAGAUGAGAAAAUCCCCAGGACGAUUUCUAAGCAUCGGCGUCAAACACCGACCAAUCGCCGGCGAAAAUCACGACAUUACAUUGAAUAUAAAUACUUCACAUACAACUCCCACACGUUCUCACCGAAAGCUAACCUCAGCACCUCUCUCGAUCAAAGUAAACAUACCAACUGAUCAACUGAUAUAAUGGCCAGCAAACCCUUCGCCAUCAUCGCCGGCGUCGGCCCAGGAACAGGCGCCUCCAUCGCCCGCAAAUUCGCCAAAGCCUACUCCGUCGUCGUCCUAGCCCGCAACCCCAAUAACUUCAACCCCGUCGUCGACGAGAUCAACGCCGCCGGCGGCCAAGCAACAGGCAUCAGCACCGACCUCUCCGACACCAACAGCAUCAACUCCGCAUUCGAAAAGAUAACCCAACAAUACGCCAACACCCCCCUCGCAGCGGCAGUCUUCAAUUCGGGUGGCGGCUUCGUCCGCAAACCCUUCCUAGAACUAACAGAAGAAGAAUUCGUCUCGGGCUACAACAGCCAAGCAAAAGGCGGCUUUAAUUUCGCCCAACGCACCCUCCCCCUCCUCCAAAAAGCCUCCGGACUCCCCCACCCGCCCACAUUAAUCUUCACCGGCGCAACAGCCAGCGUAAAAGGCUCCGCCACAUUCUCGUCCUUCGCAUCGGGCAAAUUCGCCCUCCGCGCGUUGGCGCAGUCCCUGGCAAGAGAGUUUGGGCCUAAGGGUGUGCACGUCUCGCAUGUUAUUAUUGAUGGGGUGAUUGAUAUUCCGAGGACGAAGGCUUGGACUUUCGAACAUGAGGAUGCGAAGUUGGAUCCUGAGGCUAUUGCGGAGUCGUAUUGGCAUUUGCAUGCGCAGCCGCGGACGACGUGGGGCUUUGAGUUGGAUUUGAGGCCCUAUGUAGAGAAGUGGUAAUUUGGGGUUUUGGGUAUUGCUCAAGGAAUGGUUUAAACAGGGUGAGAUAUAGUAGUUUGCAUGAUCUAUGAGUUUUAAGACU